GAGCCCGCGUGUCCGCGGGGAGCUCGGGGCGCUGCGGGGCCGGUAUCAGCGGGCCUGGGGAGCACGCACCGGUGGGUGGCGUGGCCCCGAAACCCUCCGCCGAUUCUGGCGGGUGAAGACCGAAACCUCUGACUUCUCAGCCGUCGCCACCCCAGUUUCUCCAGGUUCCAAUUCAGCCUCUAAGUCGCAGCUGCUGGAAAAACUACUCGGAGGAGAGCAUCUGCCCCUCGACUGGCUUCCUUGAGGUGAUGGGGCUUGCUUAGGGCCGCAGAGGCGCCGGGGACUGCCCCAGCCCGCCCGGGGAGAGUGCUGGCAAGUGCGGGAGACCCCGCCGUCGGCGCUGCCAGGGCGAGGGCGCGGGGCUGGGCUGCUAGUUACGAGGCCCCUGCGGCUGCCUGCGUUGAUUUCGCCAGAAUCCCGCGCUCUCUUCCCAGCCACUAGGUUUUUCAAGACUUAUUCCCAGCAUCCCUUCCUCUUUGCAAGUUUCUCUUUGCAAACUUCUAAUUCUGUUUCACAAGGCGCCCCGCCAAGGCUGGUGAGAACUGCAGGUGCAGGUCCUGAGCGCUGCGUUCCGGCCUGGAAGAGCACACUGGCAGGGCUGGGGUCAGAGCGGCCUUGUGGCCCUGUGGCCCCCAUGCUCCCGUCGUGGAUAUCAGGACUAGGGGCUGGAAUAGUCUUAUUGCACUUCGUGCAGAAACUCCUGUUCCCUUACUUCUGGAACGACUUCUGGUUUCUGCUGAAGGUGGUGCUCUGUGGAGUUCGGUUAGAGCUGUACAGUCGGAAAGGGGAGCUGGUCACCGUCCUGGAUAAAUUUCUGAGCCAUGCCAAGAAGCAGCCCCAGAAACCUUUCAUCAUCUAUGAGGGAGACAUCUACACCUAUGAGGAUGUGGACAAACGGAGCAGCAGAGUGGCCCAUGUCUUUCUGAACCAUUCCAUGCUGAAAAGGGGGGACACCGUGGCUCUGUUGAUGAGCAAUGAACCCGACUUUGUCCACGUGUGGUUCGGACUCACCAAGCUGGGCUGCGUGGUGGCCUUCCUCAACUCCAACGUUCGCUCCAGCUCCCUCCUGCACUGCAUCCGCAGCUGUGAGCCUCGGGCCCUCGUGGUGGGCGCAGAUCUGCUUGAAGCUGUAGAAGAAAUCCUUCCCAGCCUCCCAGAAGAUAUCAGUGUUUGGGGGGUAAGAGAUUCUGUUCCACAAGGUGUAAUUUCACUCAAAGAAAAACUGACUACAGCAUCUGACAAGCCAGUGCCACACAGCCACCAUGCUGUCUCAAACCUCAAGUCUCCUUCUCUUUAUAUUUUUACCUCUGGAACAACAGGUCUACCAAAAGCAGCUGUGAUUACUCAGCUACAGUCUUUAAAGGGCUCUGCUGGACUGUGGGCUUUUGGUUGUACGAGUGAUGACAUCAUUUAUAUAACCCUUCCUCUGUAUCAUAGUUCAGGAUCUCUCCUGGGAAUUGGUGGAUGUAUUGAGUUAGGAGCUACUUGUGUGUUAAAGAAGAAAUUCUCAGCAAGCCAAUUUUGGAAUGACUGCAAAAAGUAUAAUGUGACUGUGUUUCAAUAUAUUGGAGAAAUUUGUCGCUACCUUUGCAAGCAACCUAAGAAAGAAGGAGAAAAGGAUCAUCGGGUGCGUUUGGCAGUUGGAAAUGGUGUACGGAGUGAUGUAUGGAGAGAAUUUUUAGACAGAUUUGGAAAUAUUAAGAUGUGUGAGCUUUAUGGAGCUACCGAAGGAAACAUUUGUUUCAUGAAUCACACUGGGAAAAUUGGAGCAGUCGGGAGAACAAAUUUCUUUUACAAAUUUUUUUUCACUUUUGACUUGAUAAAGUACGAUCUUCAGAAAGAUGAACCCAUUAGAAAUGAACAGGGCUGGUGUAGCCAUGUGCAAAAAGGGGAACCUGGCCUUCUCAUUUCUCGAGUGAACGAGAAGAAUCCCUUCUUUGGUUACGCUGGGCAUAAGAAGCACACCGAGAAGAAACUGCUGCGUGACGUUUUCAGGAGGGGAGAUGUCUACUUUAACACAGGCGACCUGAUGGUCCAAGAUCGUGAGAAUUUCCUUUAUUUUUGGGACCGUAUUGGAGACACUUUCAGAUGGAAAGGGGAAAACAUUGCAACCACAGAGGUUGCUGAUGUUAUUGGAAUGUUGGAUUUCAUACAAGAAUCGAACGUCUAUGGUGUGGCUGUGCCAGAUUGUGAAGGAAAAACAGGAAUGGCCUCUAUUAUUUUAAAGCCAAAUAAGUCUUUAGACUUGGAAAAAGUUUAUGAACAAGUUGUAACAUUUCUACCAGCUUAUGCCUGCCCACGAUUUUUAAGAAUUCAGGAAAAGAUGGAAAUGACAGGGACAUUCAAACCAAAGAAGUUUCAGUUGGUGCAAGAAGGAUUUAGUCCAUUGAAAAUUUCUGAUCCACUGUACUUCAUGGAUAACUUGAAAAAAGCUUAUGUUCCAUUGACGAAAGAACUUUAUGAUCAAAUAAUGUUAGGUGAGAUCAAACUUUAAGAUUUUUUUUUAUAAAUGGCAUUUUCAAACGCUUUAAUAAAGGUAAGAGGAGAGUGUGUGGUUCUUCAUAAACAGUGGAGGCAAGGAGCUAACAUUAAGCGUGUGUUGUAUUUUCUUAUUAUGCAACAGCUUUUUUUUUAAUCAAGAACUUUAAGACAAACUUUAGUUUAUCUCUUUUACCUAUAUGGGGAUUCAGUGCAUAACUAAAUAUUUGCCUUAAUCCCAACAUUUUGAAAUAAUAAAUAAGUGGGUAAUGUCUAGAUACUUACUAAAAAUGUACUUUUUAACAUUUAAAGUUUCUAGUUUUGAAUAGAUGGUUAAAUUUUACUCAAAUAUUUAAUUUUUAUGUGUCCUGUCCUGUAACUCAAUAAAAUCAUCUUCAUUAAUAUGA